AUGAAAAUACAGGCCAAGUCCCCCAAAAGGACGGUGACUCGUGGAUUUGCGUCCAGAACAGCAGAAUUUGUGGCCCCGGCGAGGACCUUGCCACUUUGCACAAGGACACCAAGACGGGCGAAUAUGUGUGCUGCGCUCCUGGAUGGAAGCUCAAGGACGGCUCGUGCGUGGAUCCAAGGCAGCCCCCCAAGCCAGGUGAGUCCAACCCACGACCGUACGAAUACCGACUGGAGGAUGGGUUCUGAUGUGACUACCAUCAGUCCCAGGAACCUGUGCAGCACGCGUCGAAGAUGUUGGCUUGGCAAGUCUGCUCGGCCGCAUCCUUGCUACACUGGCCUUCUCAAGUCCGCUCUGACCCUGGUCGAGGAUACCUGCAGCCGGCCGGGUUGUCCCACGCCAACGCCAGACCCUGACAACUGGUGGAAGUGCCCUCGAGAUGGCUCCCCAUGCAAGUGGCUUGCGCUGGAGAAUAACAAGACUCCCAAGAGCCUGGCUGCUACUGGCUCGGAGCGCAAGGUCUUGCCUAACCCUAACGUGCCCGUUGCCAACUACAAGUACCCCUUUGACACGUGGGUGACUACAUGGCCUGACGAUGACUUGGAGAUCUACAUCAAAGGGGAAAAGGUCAGGCCUCAGGCGUCGGGGACGAGAACAUCUGGCGACGAUGUAUACUACAAGUCCUCGCGCGGAACGCAGAUCCAGUUCUACGGUGCCUGCUCCCCAGACACGCCGUGCACGGGCGAGGAGGUCGUGCCAUGGACGCAAGGCAAAGCCGUGACAGUGGCCGAUCGCGACGCUGUCAUUGACGUGAGCAAGUACACGUCCGACGGCGACCUUGUCUUCACCAUAGCCGACACGUCCGUCACGACGGAGCAAUACACCAUCUUGGCGGACGGCAAGGAAGUGGGCAAAACCCAUGGCAGACCUACCCUGGGCACCGACAAGUACAACACCAAGAAUAUUGCCAAUGUUGACGUGGGUGCUGGCCCGUGGGGUGCACUCAGAAGCAUUGCCAACGACGGGUUUUGGGGCUCGUUCCGGAUUCCAAAAGGGACACAGCAGGUCACGGUGCACAUGAACUUUGAGGGACCAGGAUGGCCGUAUUACCUCUUUGAGUAUCGCAUCGACAAGCUGUGCAAGUGCUGA